AUGUCCGACGCCAAACAACAAAUCAUGGACCAAGUCCGCCAACAAGCAGCCCUCCAAAACGCCCGCGCCCUCGUAGAAAAAGUCAACGAACACUGUUUCGAGCGCUGCGUCCCCAAACCAGGCUCCUCCCUCUCCUCGGGCGAAACAACCUGCUACACGGCUUGCAUGGAGAAAUACAUGAAAUCCUGGAACAUCAUCUCCCAGCAGUAUUUGAAUCAUGUGCAGAAGGGGGUUGGGAAUCAGGGAGCUUUUGGUGCUUGA